AGCGCGCGGUCCUUUCCCUCGCGAUGCGGUGAAACUCUGAGACCUUCCUGCGCGCGACACUGCCGUUAACAUUUCCCGCUCCAUCCGUGAGAAACCAUUGAGCGAGCACCAGGGGAAUAUCCACAUCUUCUAGCACACACCGAACCCGCCCUGUAGCUCGUACUCACUGAGCUCCGUGGAGGCAAUCCAACCCGCUGAGGGCGCCGAACCUGUUCGAGUGAAGCAAGCGGCAGCCGGGACACGGAAUGGAGCUCAUCACUAUUCUGGAAAAGACAGUCUCUCCAGAUCGGAAUGAACUGGAGGCGGCGCAGAAGUUUCUGGAGCAGGCGGCGAUAGAGAACCUGCCCACAUUCCUGGUGGAGUUGUCCAAAGUGUUGGCGAAUCCAGGAAACACUCAGGUGGCUCGAGUAGCUGCAGGUCUGCAAGUGAAGAACUCUCUGACCUCCAAAGACCCUGAUGUCAAGACGCAGUACCAGCAGCGAUGGCUGGGCAUCGACACAAACGCUCGCCGCGAGAUCAAGAACUUUGUUCUGCAGACUUUGGGGACAGAGACAUAUCGGCCAAGCUCUGCUUCACAGUGCGUCGCUGGCAUCGCCUGUGCAGAAAUCCCAGUAAACUUUUGGCCUGAGCUGAUUCCACAAUUGGUUGCCAAUGUCACCGAUCCAUCAAGCACCGAACACAUGAAGGAGUCCACGCUGGAGGCCAUUGGGUACAUCUGCCAGGACAUUGACCCUGAGCAGCUGCAGGAAAAUGCCAACCAGAUCCUGACGGCCAUCAUCCAGGGCAUGAGGAAGGAGGAACCCAGUAACAAUGUGAAGCUAGCUGCUACCAAUGCCCUGCUCAACUCACUGGAGUUCACCAAAGCCAACUUUGACAAGGAGACGGAGAGGCACUUCAUCAUGCAGGUGGUUUGUGAAGCCACCCAGUGUCCUGACACCAGAGUCCGCGUGGCAGCUCUGCAGAACCUGGUGAAGAUUAUGUCUCUGUAUUAUCAGUACAUGGAGACAUACAUGGGGCCUGCUCUGUUUGCGAUCACUAUUGAGGCGAUGAAGAGCGACAUUGAUGAGGUGGCUCUGCAGGGUAUUGAGUUCUGGUCCAACGUCUGUGACGAGGAGAUGGACCUGGCCAUUGAGGCCUCAGAGGCCUCGGAGCAGGGGCGCCCCCCCGAGCACACUAGUAAAUUCUAUGCUAAAGGGGCACUUCAGUACCUGGUCCCCAUCCUGACUCAGACCUUGACCAAGCAGGAUGAGAACGAUGACGACGAUGACUGGAACCCCUGCAAGGCUGCAGGUGUGUGUCUGAUGCUGCUGGCCACCUGCUGCGAGGACGACGUGGUUCCUCACGUUCUGCCCUUCAUCAAAGAGAACAUCAAACACCCCGACUGGCGCUACCGUGACGCCUCCGUCAUGGCCUUUGGCUCAAUCCUGGAGGGACCCGACCUGAACCAGCUCAAGCCCCUCGUCAUUCAGGCCAUGCCGACCCUGAUUGAGCUGAUGAAGGACCCCAGUGUGGUGGUGAGAGACACCACUGCCUGGACGGUGGGGCGGAUCUGUGAGCUGCUACCAGAAGCAGCCAUCAAUGAGGUCUAUCUGGCCCCCCUGCUACAGUGUCUGAUUGAGGGUCUAGGGGCGGAGCCGAGGGUGGCCUCCAACGUCUGCUGGGCCUUUUCAUCUCUGGCUGAGGCUGCAUAUGAAGCCACUGACGCAGCAGAGGACCAGGAAGAGCCCAGCACCUACUGCCUGUCCUCGUCCUUUGAAAUCAUUGUCCAGAAGCUCCUUGAGACCACAGACCGGCCAGAUGGACAUCAGAACAACCUGCGUUCAGCUGCCUACGAGGCUUUGAUGGAGAUUGUGAAGAACAGUGCUAAGGACUGCUAUCCUGCUGUCCAGAAAACCACACUGGUCAUUAUGGAGCGGCUGCAGCAGGUCCUGCAGAUGGAGUCUCACAUCCAGAGUACCUCGGACAGAAUCCAGUUCAACGACCUGCAGUCGCUGCUCUGUGCCACUCUGCAGAACGUUCUCCGGAAGGUCCAGCACCAGGACGCACUGCAAAUCUCUGAUGUGGUGAUGGCAUCUCUGCUGCGGAUGUUUCAGAGCACGGCAGGAUCUGGAAGCGUUCAGGAGGACGCUCUCAUGGCCGUGUCCACGCUGGUUGAAGUCCUGGGCAGCGACUUCCAGAAGUACAUGGAAGCCUUCAAGCCUUUCUUGGCUAUCGGACUGAAAAACUACGCUGAAUACCAGGUGUGUCUGGCUGCGGUGGGUCUGGUGUGUGACCUUUGCAGAGCUCUGCAGACCAACAUCCUGCCUUACUGUGACGAGAUCAUGCAGCUGCUACUGGAGAACCUGGGGAACGAGAACGUCCACCGGUCAGUCAAGCCUCAGAUCCUCUCGGCAUUUGGAGACAUCGCUCUGGCCAUUGGAGGGGAGUUUAAGAAGUACCUGGACAUUGUCCUGGACACUCUUCAGCAGGCCUCACAAGCCCAAGUGGACAAGACGGACUACGACAUGGUGGACUACCUGAAUGAGCUGAGAGAGGGCUGUCUGGAGGCCUACACUGGGAUCAUCCAGGGCCUGAAGGGGGACCAGGAGAAUGUCCACCCUGACGUGAUGUUGGUCCAGCCUCGUGUGGAGUUCAUUCUCUCCUUCAUCCAUCACAUUGCUGAGGAUGAAGAUCACUCUGAUGGGGUUGUGGCCAACGCUGCUGGACUCAUUGGCGACCUGUGCACGGCGUUUGGUAAAGACGUGAUGAAGCUGGUGGAGGUCCGUCCGCUCAUCAAUGACCUGCUGACAGAAGGACGGCGCUCCAAAACCACGAAGACCAAAACCCUGGCCACCUGGGCCACCAAGGAGCUGCGCAAGCUUAAGAGCCAGGCCUGAUUGUUCCGGUCCAAACACAGAAUGACGUGAGAUCGAUGAACUUUGAGGACAAAUGGUUGUCUGGAAUGACUUCUUCUGCUGCGCCUGCUGAGUCGGAAGAAAUGACGUGAUGAAGUGAGAUGGAUGAAUGUGUGUGAGCGCUAGAUAUGACAUCACACCACCUUCAGUUCCAGCUGGCGAACGAACCCCAUCCCCUUUACCCCUCUCCUCUUCCUGGACGGCCUGUGGACUGGACUCUUGACGCCCCUUAAAGACUUAAACCCCUCCCUCUAGCCCCUCGUCCUCCCACAACCUCUCGCCGUGUAGCUGGGCCCUCCCAUGACAUCCUGAUGAUGUCACUGCCCCACCGCUGCCUCGCUCACACCGGGGGAGAGGGGGAGGAGGGGGGUGAUCCUUAAAGACUUUGUGGAAUCAGAUUAACAAGCGACUUUGUGGACUUCUUCUGUGGAAAACUUUAGAUUUUUGUUGCUCUUAUUUUUCUUCUUCUGAGCACUAAAAUGGCAAAGGAGACGCGACUGAGUGCGAGCGCCUCCACCUGCUCCGUCUCCAGGGAUCUGACGCUCUUAUCCAGCAGCUGAAACCCUUCAAAGUAAAAGCUCAGUGCUGAGGAGCGAGUGCCAAAUGGAAAUAGUUUAGCUGAAGCUCUGGAAGCCAGCGCUGUGAGCUGCUUCAGACGGAUGUCCCCGCUACACUUGGUUUGGGAACGGGUCACUCACCGUUUUUGCUUGUUUAAAAGAUUUCAGAGAAUUGAAGACGUUUGUAUAAGGUUAUAUUUUUCCAUUACUUAGAUGAAAAAUAACGCUGAAAACAAUAAAAUGAUAUGAAACAUUC